AUGAGCUCACUGGUUCAGUCUCGACUUGAAACCAUAAACGCCGCACCUCGAGUAAUCGGCGCAUUUACUGCAUUCACAGUGGCAGGGACUUUGCUUCUCGGUUGGUUUUUUUCCUUGAGACUCUUCGAUGCCCUGAUGGACAAGUAUGGUCCAAAGCAGACGGAAACAACGGCUACCGAAAAGCAAGUGGUGGAAAUUUAA